GCAAUGGUCACUGGGUUUUACCUAGUAUUCAUGUACUUAUUAUCUGCUGUGGCUGUCCCUCUAAAUUUACUCAGCUUAUACUGUAUUCUCACUAAAUCGCCAGCACAAAUGGCUGCCUAUAAAUGGUAUUUGCUGAUCUACCAGACGAUAUCUACCGUAUUCGAUACCGUGUACCUAGUACUCACACUGCCAAUUAUAUUCUUCCCUAUACCGAUGGGUUACCCCGCCUCCUGGACUAUACCAUGGAUACCUAUUACUACACACUUAGCUGUCCUGUUGGUUGUUUAUAUAGCUACGCUUUUUGGGGCCACCAUUGUCAGCCUAUUCAUGUAUCGAUGUCACGUCAUUACUCCGGCUCGUCACUUUUCAAAAAUCAGCCACCAAGGUAUGUCAUGGAUACCCGUGUCGUUGCGUGUAAACCUAAUUGGAACAUCCUCUUCCGCUAAUUAUUUGCAGGUUAGUAGGAAGUUCCCUCUCAGGAAUGCUGGCCUGUACGAUUCUCCCGGCUUGAUAUUGAGAAAUGAAGAACCAGAUACGCAGCUCUCUCGUGUUGCACCAAUGCUUGAAAUGGAGAGAUUGACGUUCGAUGUCUACAGAACCUUCAAAUUUUCGAGAGCACCCACCAUACGGCAUAGUUAUUUACUGUACCUCUAUAAAACGAACAUACAGCGAUCAUAUAUAACCGUCUCCUGUUCUAAUUAUAGCUCAAAAACUCUUCGGCUACUCAUCGACGGCGGCACGCAGAGAUUUCUGGGAAUCUCAAGCCUGGGGUUUUUUUCAGUGAUUUCUCAGGAGCAACAGCAGUGGUGCGUUUUGAAACGCAGGCUUUCCUCUCCGGUAUGGACUACAUCCAGCGACCCAUAA